AUGGCCGACAUUACAGAACCGGUCAAUGUUUUUUUAGAAACUAGCCACGACUAUGUUAACAAUAAUGGUCAACCAAAUGCGAUCGAUGUCCUCAUUUUUGACAACAAUCCUGUGCUACCGAAUUCACUUAAUGAUAUGGAUGUGGAUGUUUUUGAUUCAUUAUUGGACAAACCUGCUAGUACUAGUUCUAAGCAAAUUAAGAAUUACAAGGUUGGUGAUAUUGUUUGGGCUAAAAUUGGGAAGUAUCCAUAUUGGCCAAGCAUUGUCUGUGUUGACCCAACAUUGAAUAUUCAUUAUAAAGAAAAAAAGCGAUUAUUGAUACAUGUCCGCUUUUGUAAUGAUAAAGGUAAAAGAAGUUGGGCCAAAACUACUGAAAAUUACAAUGGAAAAUGUGAAUUACUUUUAAAGUAUCCUAAUACUUUAACUUACUUUAAGAAUAGUAAAAAGCUUAUUGAUACGUGGGAAUUGGCAGUUGAAGAAGCUGAUAAUUUGAUGAAAAUUGAUAGAGAAUCGAGAUUGGUAGAAUUUUUCAAAACUUUUUGUAAUUCAGAUUCUGUAACUCCAUCUGUUUUAAAAAAAUCAUCUGAAGGCACUGUUGCUGCGUUAAAAGUGCGUAAUUAUUCAAGAAAAAGAUCUCUAGCAGUUCCUAAACAAGAUAAUGAUUCCAAAAUAAUGAAGACUGAAAACAUAGAUAUGAAUUGUACAUCAUCAGGAUCAAUAGACAUUCCUCUACUGUCAAGAUCAGAUGAUGCGGAUAGUACUGUUUCUGAUUUUUCUAUGAGAUAUGCUUUUAUGGAAGACUUAGGUUUAAAAGUAAAACAGGAAACUAUGAAAAAAAAAAGAUCAACAAAAACAUGUCCACCAAAAAGUUCAGUUGCCAAUAAAUAUGACUUAUCUUCUUCAAUAAUGAAUUCUCCAGAAAAUAAUGAUAGUAAUAGUGUAUCUGAUAAUCAAGAUAAAUACCCAGUUACAACCGCAACAUCUUCUACUCGUUCGGUACCUCAUCAUAGGAAACUUGAAACAAGUUCAUCCAAUUCUAAGAAAACAGUUACUAGAAAACAACUUAUUGAAAAAGAAAACUCUAUUGGAAGAAAAUAUACUACAGUUAAACAUGAAAGUAGGCCAGAAUCAGAUACGACAGAAAGUGAAGCUCCUUCAAAAUAUGAAAUAUACAGUUCAUUUUUCUUAACUAGCUCACAAAAAAAACAGCUUUUUACAAAAACCUGGAAAAGAGCAUGUGUAGUUUGUAAAAAUAUUAAAGACACAGUUAAAUGUAUGGGUCCAUGUCAAAGUUAUUUUCAUAAAGAAUGUUUAAAUAAGAGCGAGGAAAGAUAUAAUAGGACCAAAAGUAUACCAAUGACUACAACUAAAAUUCAAAAACCGUCUGGUCGCAGUACAAGACAUUACUCAAAAAUCACACAGAAAAACGAAGGUUCUAUUGUUGAUAAUCCUCAGCUUAUAAAUAACUUAGAAGAAAAAAACACUGUUAAAUUAUUUAAAAAAGACCAUGACGUCAAAUCUAAUGGCUUACAGACCUUAUCUCAAACCCAAUGUUCUAGUUAUACUAAUAAAGAAACCAUAUCGCUUAAUCAAAUUGAAUUUGAUGAACUAUUUAAAAAUUAUAGUUGCAUUCUUACUGAAAAUGAUAAUACUCAAAGUGAAUUAGAAAGUGGAAAUGAAGAUUCUAUUUCAGGAACAUUUGAAGAAAAAAAUGUUACUCCAACUGUACCAAUCAACAUUGAUGAUAAACUAUCAUUUUACAAUUUUAAAUAUAUGUGCAGUCUAUGUAAAGCUGGUAAAACAAACUGUUUUGUGUGUGGCUUGGAUAUUGACGAUCCUAGACAAAAGAUUGUUUGUAAAAUAUCCAGCUGUGGAAAAUAUUUUCAUGAAUCUUGUUUAAAAGAUUGGCCUCAAUGUCAAUGGAUUCAAGGGUCACGGAACAAUGUCCGAUGUGUAGUAUGUCCACAUCAUGUUUGUCAUUUAUGCAUUUCGGAUAACCCUAAAAGUUCUUGUACAACUCAUUUUCCUUCUGAAAAAUUAACCAGGUGUAUAAAAUGCCCAACAGCCUAUCAUAGAAGUGAAUACUGUUUACCAGCUGGUUGUCAAAUCUUAACAUACAAUGAUAUUAUUUGCAGUCGACAUUUUGAACCUGUUAAAAUGCAAAUUUAUCAUUCUAAUGCUACCUGGUGUUUUAUUUGUACAUAUGGAGGUGGUUUAUUAGUCUUCUGUGAUUUGUGUCCAUCUGCAUUCCACAUGGAAUGUUUAAAUCAGGACCCAUCAGAAUUUGAAGGCAGUUUUACUUGUGAAGAAUGUCAAACUGGACGAUAUCCUCUAUAUGGUGAAAUUGUAUGGGUUAAGAUUGGGAACUAUAGAUGGUGGCCAGCUAAAAUUAUUUUUCCAAAUGAAGUUCCUGAUAAUGUAAAUGCAAUAUCACAUUCUGUUGGACAAUUUGUUGUUCGAUUUUUUGGAACAUAUGAUUAUUAUUGGGUAAAUCGAGGACGAGUAUUUAACUUUCAAGAAGGGGAUGAUGAGAAUUUUUUAAUCAACAAUAAUAUGAAGGUUAUAGAUAAAGUGUUUCAAGAUUCUAUUUUAGAAGCAGCUCAAGCUCAUUGUGUUUAUAUUUUAGAAAAGGAAAAAAAUGAUGCUAUAGUACCAAAAUCUUUUACAGAGCCUCCAAAAUUUAGAAGAAUAAAAUUCAACAAACCCAUUGGCAAUGUCAAAAAUAUGGAAUUUGAUAUUACCGCAAUGACUCCCUGUGAAUGUGAUCCAACAAAGCCAAACCCAUGUGGUCCCGGUUCUGAUUGUAUAAAUAGAAUGCUUAUGUUUGAAUGUGAACCAAAAGUAUGUCCUGCUGGAGACAAAUGUGAUAACCAAAGAUUUGAAAAAGCCUUGUACCCUACUAUGGUCCCGUUUUUGACAAAAGAUAGGGGUUGGGGUCUUAAGACAUUAGAAGAUAUAAAAGAAGGUUCAUUUGUGAUCGAGUAUGUGGGUGAUGUAAUUGAUGAAGACGAAUUUCAAAGGAGAUGCUUGGAAAUGUAUCAGAGGAAUGAACAAAAUUAUUAUUUUUUGACUAUAGAUAAUUCUAGAACAAUUGACGCUGGGCCAAAAGGAAAUUUAUCAAGGUUUAUGAACCAUUCGUGUGAACCUAAUUGUGUAACCCAAAAAUGGACAGUGAAUGGAGAUACUAGAAUUGGACUUUUUGCGUUACAUGACAUUCCAAGUGGUACAGAGCUAGUUUUUGAUUACCGUUUCCAGAGUUGCUCGGGAGUAGAGAAAAAACCCUGUCAAUGUGGAGCUACAAGAUGUUCUAAAUUUAUUGGAGUGAAAGUGGAAGAAGAGAAAAAGAAAGUAAUUUCAAGUAACAAUGUGGAUAAGUGCAAGGUUUCUUCAAAAACCAAACGAAAACCGUUGAAACUGAAGGAUAAUGUUUCUGAUUCAGACAAGUCAAAAUUAUCUAAAGUAAUUAGCAAUGAUCGAAAAUUCUCUACAACUGAAAAUAAGGUUGAAGCAUCUAAUGCUGAGAAAAUUGUACUUUCCAAAAAAUCCAAAUCUAAAAAAUCUAUUGGCAAAUCAUCAACUACCUUAAAAAAUGCAAAUUCGGAACCCUCGGAAACACCUGCUGUUGUAAAAGAGAAAUGUAAAAAUUCAUCUAGGAACAUCACCAGUAUCACCAAAGUAUGUAACAAAAAAAACAAUUAA